AUGAGAAUUCGAGAUUUGGCAAUUUAUUUUGGUUUUGACAAGCUGCAGCGAUUGUAUCAGGAUGUAAAGAUUCACGGUGGUCUUCUAAUGGCAAUCCAAAAAUUUCGUAGAUUUGAUGAUCUGAAGAGCGGUCGGCUUAUUGGUCAAGAUAAAUAUGGCAACAAAUAUUAUGAAAAUUUAUAUUACUUUUUUGGACGUAGUCGAUGGGUUGAAUAUCCAGAAUAUAAGAAUUGUGAAAUGGAUGGAUCACAAGUAGCGCCUGAAUGGAGUGGAUGGUUGAGUUAUCGAACAGAUGCACCGCCAUAUGCUGAUCCGAUAAAGAUAUACACUAAAUAUAAAUGGAUGUUGGAUCACAGUGAAAAUUUAAGUGGAACUAAGCACGCUUACAUGCCAUAUUCGACGACAAAACCAAAAAUAGAAGCUUGGGUGCCGAAAAAAGACGACUGACAAGUGAUAAAAUGAUUCUAAUUAAUUUUCCUCAUAAAAAAUGUAUUCUUCGAUAACAAAAGUUCAUCCACGCAUGCCAUUCGAAAAUAGAUCUUGAUAUCCAACCAAAUCAAAAAGUUUAUUCUAAGACGAGAUGAUGCACACAAGUUAUUCAGUGUAGGAG